AAUGCAGCGACCCAAACCACGACAAAGUUCGAGAGCCUCUUGCAAGAACUAGUUGCACAACUGAGCGACUUACCUUAAUGUUUUAUAUACCUUUCGUUGCUGGCCGCCUUGUCGAGGGCGUUCUUGUUACGCUGCAAUCCUGGGCAGCAGGUCUGUGGCAACUUUUAUCAGGCCUGCUCCAUCGCGGCAGGCCAGCACUCCUCGACGCGGAGGAACAAGACUUAUCUAAGACCCUUCUGCACCGUCCAUCCUCACAACUCCCGACAUCUACAACCGACCAACCCGCCUGGUCCAUCGAGUUCCCGCGAAGAUGCUACGACGACGCGUACGAGAGGGGAACAGAACCUCCAGGUCAUAGCCUACAGCUGGUAGCCCUCAGGCACGAUCUUCUUCGCUGGCAUGUCCGCAUCGUCCUCGAGUAUGGCCAUAUUAACGUUUCUGGAUUGCCAGCACGGAAAAUGGCCAUGAUCGAUCUUUGCCAUGCUAUUGACUUCGGUUCCUUGCCGCUGUUAGACGACACAGUCACAGAGCUUUACCUCAGUGCAAGCAGGAACAACACAAUCACAAGACUCGUCUAUUCCUCCCUCCCAAACGAUCACCCAUUAGCUACAUCGUCGCACAAAUUCUGGGUCAGCGCACGAGAAGAUCCGGCCCGAUUCCGAUAUCCGUCCUACACUGGUACAGGCACGCGCCAGAUUGACUUGUCUGAAGUCCGCACUAUUGACAAAAUCAGCCUAGCAGUCUUUACUGCCAGAAUCGAAACCGAAGGAGAACAAACAUUCAUCCUGAAGCAAGUCGAGCGAUUAUUAUAUAUCGUCCAAGAUAGCCAAGCACUGGAGAAGGAACUGCAGGUCCUCGAAGAAGUUGGUGGCAGGGGCAAUAUUGUACGACUCGUCGCCGCUGUUGUCUCGAGAAACCCGUACAGGACAACAAUCGACCCUCGACAGAGCGCCCCUCUUGUCCUACGAGGAAUUCUCCUAGAGCAUCAUCCCAGCGGGACACUAGCCGGGGUCUUGCAGUCAGGGAAAGUCGAUGCACCUUGGCAACGAUGGGGUGCACAGCUCUGCACCGCAGCUGCCACUCUUCAUCUCCAUAACGUCACUCACAUGGAUAUCAAACCCUCCAAUGUAGUUCUUGACAAGGAUGAAGAUCUGGUCCUUAUUGACGUCGGCGGAGCUGGGGGCGUCACACGUGAAUGGCUAUCACCAACAAUGCAGCAAAUAUUAGACCCCCUUUCGACAAGCCUCCAAGCCCGGAAAGAGAACGACAUUUGGGCGGUCGGCAGGGUUCUGUCCAAGAUGGCAGAGGCUCAGGAGCGGGAAGGCGGGCAGCCGCAACUCCUCCAAAGUGCCGCGAGCAAAGCGAUGGAUGAAACUGCGUCAGCUUCUCUGAUUCAAAUUGCUGCCAAUCUCUCUGUCCCGCACCAUCGACGAUAGAUCUAAAAAGCCGUCCAGUCGACAUCCCAGGCCUUGAAGCCGCCGUCCCAAUGAGAGCCUACACUCACGCUGAUCAGCACUGUACUGGCCACCGCAUGCCACAGCACUUACCUGGGCCCUCACGCUUCCCCUGUGCCUUCUUAUCGCAGCCAGGCAAAUCACACCACGCCCCCGUUGUGGAGCUAUAUUCACUGCCCGAGUCACAGACUUGUUUCGCCGUUUUAGCAUCGCCACAAGGAGAGUCCAGCGCCUUCUUGUAGUGCCCGCAAGUGAACACACGAGUUCCGAAGGUGCACAUUGUGAGGGUAGUGGAGCUGUUGAUGAGGUACGAUCGUCGAGGAAAACGUAAAUGGAGUUUGCCACAGUACACUGUACGUUAUUGACCUUGUGGCACCUUUAUAAUGUCAGCAUCUUCAGUCU